GGGGCUGUGCCAUACUAUACGCACUGGUCAGCUGCUGUCUGUUAGUGCUCACCUGCCAGACAUGCCGGUGGACGUAUCCCAGUGGAGUGGGGCUCUUGCCCUAAAUGAGGUUGAGGAGAAGCCGGCGCAUCCGCUUGUAGUGAGAUAUGGCUCACUGGGGAUAGAGGAGUUGGGCCAAUUGCUGACACCCACCCAGGUUCAGAACCGCCCAACAAGCAUUGAGUGGGAAGGAAUGGAUAGCAACAAGCUUUAUACUUUGGUUCUGACUGAUCCUGAUGCACCAAGUAGGAAGAAUCCAAAAUUCAGGGAAUGGCAUCACUUCCUCGUAGCGAACAUGAAAGGAAAUGACAUUAACAGCGGCUGUGUCUUAUCUGAUUACAUUGGCUCUGGUCCACCAAAAGGAAGUGGUCUGCAUCGCUAUGUCUGGCUGGUUUAUGAGCAAAAAGAGGAACUGAAGUGCAAUGAGAAGGUUUUAUGCAACCGCUCCGGGGAGCACAGAGGAAUGUUCAAGGUGGCGUCGUUUGGCCAGAAGUACAAGCUGGGAAGCCCUGUUGCUGGCAAUUGCUACCAGGCAGAGUGGGAUGAUUACGUCCCCAAACUGUAUGAACAACUGUCUUCAUAAAAUACCUUAAAACAAGCCGCAGAAUGAAGUAUUUUCACUAAACUAAGGAAAUAUUUACUCUUCCAUAAAAUCAUAACCACAUUUCAUUGCUAGAUUUAAUAAUAAUUAGUUUAUUGCUCCUUAGGCUGUACUUACCAUACUGACAUACAUUCUUAUCAGAUUCAAAGCUACGUACUGAGUGUGAUAGAAUCCCACUGACAUGAGGCGAACGCUUGCAAUUCAACGGACCGAUCCCAACCUCAAAUAAGUAUUUGGGAGAUGAAAUGCAGUUGUUAUUCAGAAACAUCAAACCUUUUGUUAUGAAUAUGUUAUUUUGUCCAGUUAAAACGUCAGUGCUUUGAACCAGUAGCAGCAGUUUCUGGCUGUGAAAUAGUUCUGUGUUUUCUCCAGCUGCAGUGUCUAUAAAUGAUACUAUGUGAUGGCAAUGCAUUUCAAUAAACAAUUAAAUUUUA